AUGUCCCCAAGGACAAUUUACCUAAUUAAAUCCCGGGACAGUGCCGCUCAAAGAGCCCACUUCGCCAUCUACGUCCCUAGCGAAGAAGACGACAACAGGGGAACUUUGAUCCAAGCCACCGGAUCUCCAAAGUCGGGCUAUUUUCUCGAAUUCAAGCGAAACUACUCACCCGCCGAUUCGAUAGAGAGAUAUAAUAUCUUCCCAAUCGGCGAGGUUGAUUCUGGUCAUAUUGUUGACCCAGUGCCUGGGGUGAACUCGAGCGAUUCAACGCCAAGGGGUGAUAUUGAAGUUGCUGCUAAGGAGGUACCUACUCCUGGUAUUAGUGAGAACUUUCUAGCACCUGUGAAUAAUUUUAGUAACAAACGGUGUCAGGAAUGGACGAUGGAGUUUAUUUGUCAUCUUGUUGCUAAGGGGUUGAUUGGGUCUGAUGCUAUUCGGGCUGUGCAGUUGAAACGGGAUUCACCGCAUCAUGGGGUGGGUUUGCAGUCUACUAUUCUGCGUUGA